CACGUGGUGGCCACAUUGGCACGUGACGACUUGGUGCGGGGAUCGAGAGAACUCAGUGGCCUUUCUUUUCUCGGCUCAAAAAUUCCCAUGCCUCUCCCUCGCAACUCUCUUUUCCGCCAUGGCCACAUCAGAUAGCUGGAGGUCUUCUCUUAAAUCUCUGAUCUCUCUACUCUUCCUUCUCUCCCUUCCAUGGAUCUCUCUCUCUUACAGGCCAGGAGACAUCGUCCCCAUGAGCAAGAUGGGCCAAUACCACUCUUCGAGAACUGUCUGGUAUGAUGUCAUCGGUCGCCACUGCCCGAUCUUCGCCGUAAAUCGUGAGGUUUUGAUUCCCAUACCGAAGCCUACUGGUUACACUGGUGCAGAUCCUUAUAAAAUAUCAUUUCAAGUUGGAAGGGAGAAAUUUCUUAUACCAUGGCUUCUCGUGAUAAAUCGCAAGAGCUCUGAAGUUCCAAUGAUUGAUGUCCACUUGAGGUACUCGGGAAGUGAUUUACAUGGCGUCACGGCUAGAGUUAUAGACAUGCCUCACCACUAUGUCGAGAUUCAUCAAGACAUACAUAAGAACUUCUGGAAUCCGGAACAUUGGCCGAAACACGUGCUUGUUAGAUAUACAUGGGAGGAGCAGUCGGAGAUAGAUGUUGCUGGUGGCUUUUACGUCCUAUUUGGAUCAGGACUCUUGUUGUCAUUUAUUCUCGCAAUUUAUGUCUUGCAGUCUUCUCAAGACAAACUAGCAAGGUUUGUGAGGGAGACUGUUGCAGAAAGCAGCAUACCUGGGGGAGGAGUGGCAAAGGUUGAAUGAUGAAUUUUCAACAGGAUCGAAGCUGCCGCUAUCCGGGCUGUGAAGUGGCUCAGCAUGAGGAAUUUCAAAGAUGCAUGCAGUGAUGUCUCAGCUUGAGGAGUUUCAAAGACGUCAACUUGUGCAAUACUUGUGACGUAUACCUGAUUGAAGAUGUCAUUUUCUUCUUUUCCUUCUGGAAAUCGAGCAGGGGAGAUGAUAUUCUGUUUUUCCCCCCCUAUUUUAGUAUGCUGGUG